AUUAAAUAAAAGCUAUAAGCGUUACCUUAAGGCUCAUCUCUCAUCUCUCAUCUCUCAUCUCUCAGGUAUUAGACGACUUUACUAGUAACCACCAUUGCCUCAUCCCAAUCUUAAUACUUUCGAUGUCGACGGAGCCGGAGGUUCACUCUGGCGGCGAGGACUUCGUUCACAUCGAAGAAGACUCCAGGCCCACCGGCGACAUCUCGUUAAGCGACAGCAUAGUGAAUGUGGAGAAGGAGGACGCCGUCGAGGGCUCGUCGGAGGCGACGAAGGCGGAGCUGCCGGAGGAAUUGGCGAAAAGCGUUGUGAUGCUGACGUGCGAGUCCACAGGGGAAAGUGGGUCUUGCGAUGUGUAUCUGAUCGGGACUGCUCAUGUCUCAAAGGAAUCUUGUCGAGAAGUUCAAGCAGUAAUCAGCAUUUUGAAACCACAGGCUGUGUUCGUGGAGUUGUGUUCAAGCCGUUUGUCUAUUCUCAAACCUCAGACUUUGAAGAUUCCAACCAUGUCUGACAUGAUAGAAAGUUGGAAGCAGAAACAGAACACGUUCGGAAUACUCUAUGGAUGGUUUCUUGCAAAGAUCGCCAGUCAGCUUGAGGUUCUUCCUGGAGCUGAGUUUCGUGUGGCAUACGAAGAGGCCCUUAAAUAUGGCGGCAAGGUGAUACUUGGCGAUCGUCCUGUACAGAUCACGUUAAAAAGAACAUGGGCGAAGAUGCCUCUGUGGCACAAGGUAAAGUUUCUCUACUCCUUGCUGUUUCAAGCUGUCUUCUUGCCAAGCGCUGAAGAACUCGACAAAAUGUUGAAAGAGAUGGACAAUGUGGAUAUGCUGACUUUGGUGAUUCAAGAAAUGAGCAAGGAGUUUCCAUCUCUCAUGGAUACACUUGUGCAUGAGCGAGACCAGUACAUGGCAUCUUCUUUGCUGAGAGUUGCAAGUGAGCACAGUUCGGUUGUGGCAGUGAUCGGCAGAGGGCAUAUUAAUGGAAUCAAGAAGAAUUGGCAGCAACCUAUAACGAUGAAAGAUCUAAUGGAGAUACCGAGCGACGACUCGGUAUUUACAGUGAAGAGGAUAAUAUCAUCAGUGGCGAUUGCAGUUACAGGGACAGCUAUAGUUACUGGUAUACUUCUUGCAAGAAGAAGGUGAAAACGAGUUUUUUCUCUUCAUUCUCCUGAGCCAUUCAAAAGAAAACUACACACAAACUCAACAACAUUAUACAGUCGCUAUGCUUUCUUUCUUUUUCUCUUUUACUUUUGUAUGUCGGUUGAUUGAAACUUUUCAUGAUAAUAAAUCUUUUUGCAACGGCACA